UAAAAGAAUAUAAGGAAUUACUCAUACAUGCUGGAGCUUCUGUAAUGAAACCACCUCCACCACCAUCACCAAAUCCAAUUUUCGAUCAAAAAGAAAAAUUGGUCAUUUCUUUGCAAAAUAAACUUGAAAUACAGGAUAAUAAACAUCAUGAUGUUAUUUUCAUUAUUGAUAAAGAAAAAAUUGGAGCUAACAAAUAUGUACUUUCAGCUGCUUCAACAUAUUUUGAUAGAAUGUUUCACAGCGGCUUAAGUGAAUCAACAAUGGACAAAUCUGUGAUUACAAUAAGAGAUACUAGUCCAGAUAUUUUCCGGGUAUUGCUCCGAUGGUUACAUGGGAAAUCGUUUGAAGAAGCAACAAAACCCGUCUUACGCAAACCUAAUGAUAUUCCAGCAGGACAAAGUUAUAAAGCUUAUUACUUAACAUUUUUGGUUGAUUUGUUAAAGGCAACGGAUUAUUAUGGUGUUGAAUUCAAGAAUGAAAUAGAAGAUAUAAUUAUAAAUAGUCGCCAUAUUGGUAUUACUAAUGUGCGUGACAUUUUAAAACGAGCAAAAGAAUCUGAUGCAGAACGAUUAAAAGAUUUCUGUGAACAAUUUAUUGAAACAAAUAAAGAACUUAUCGAGCGAUAGAUCUAACGAGGAUGCAAAAGAAACAUAAAAAUUUCACACACGUUAUAUUUCUUA